AUGGCAGCCCUUGCCCACCGUCGGCGGUGGUAUAGGGCAUCGCUGCACGCAGUCCCGGAUAUGGCCACGAGUGAGCAAGACGGAACACAUACCUUGUGGAAUGUCCCUGGAGACGCAGAGAUCAGCAUCGGUGUCAGCGAUCUCGCCUGGCGCUCAGGAGGAAUUUCGACACUGACCAGCACCGAGGAACUUGACCCUCACGACCUCCUCACGCAUCCUCUCCUGGACGAUAUCCUUCAGCAGCUUCCUGUCGACCUGGAAGGGCGGAGAUCCGUGGUGUGCGGCGUCGGCCCUGGCCUCUUCCUUGCGAUCAGCAUGCUCGAUGUCCCAGUCCCAGACGAGGGGCGGGCGGGCGCAAAGUUCGGCAGGCAUGGCGGUGCGGUGUGGGAGAGGGGCCUCGUCGUGGUGCAUGCGGGCGGCGCUGGCGAGGAGAGCGUCGGAGAGGAGCUGGAUAAGGCUGAGGGAAAGAGAGAUGUGAGGAGGGGUAUCGGCCGGAUGAAGGUCACGCACGUCGGUCUUCUUGGACGGGCUGCGCGCUUGCCACACUGCGGGGCGGACUCGCUCGCUUCCACAUGUGAUAACAACAGUGCGGGCAUGAUUGUGCGGGGCUCUAUGGCCUCCCCUCUGCCACUAUAUAUCAAUAUUCUUUGCACCCAGGCGCACGCGCUACAGCCGCACUGUCGCCGCACCCGCCCAUCUCCACCGCCCACCUCCCCCUCGCCGUUGGAUUUUUCUCCAACUCACAUCGGCAGACCCCGCAUGCGCCAAUCACGCCGCAUCCGCCGCAUCUGGAUUGCGGGGAUUACGACCAGACGCCCGUUCCCCGCCGCCGCCCCAGCUCGACACGUACAUGUACUUACUGCAACCACAACGCAGAUGGCUUGCGUGUACGCAUCAACCGCGCCUGCCCUGCUAGAUGUGAUCCCCACCUUUUGA